AUCGACACAAGAAGCACUUCCGGUAACCUCUGUCACGUGACCCGCGUGUGCCCUUGGAUGGUUGUGUUUGACAUGUGAGCAGCCAGAAACAACAUGUCUUUCCCUAAAAAACCUGGUGGUAAAGCGUUGGAUGUUUUGCAGACUCUGCCGCGGAUAUCUUUAGCAAACUUACGACCUGAACCAGGAGCCAGAAAGCACGACAAACACCGGGGCAGAGGGCAGCAUGGUGGCAACCGGAGCGGCCGAGGACACAAAGGAGAGCGGCAGAGAGGCACCCGGCCUCGGCUGGGGUUUGAGGGCGGUCAGACACCGUUUUAUCUGGCCAUCCCAAAAUAUGGCUACAAUGAAGGACACAGUCGCCGUCCUCAGUACCAGCCUCUGUCUCUGAAACGACUGCAGUACCUGAUUGAUCUGGGACGACUGGAUCCGACUCAGCCCAUCGACCUGACGCAGCUUGUCAAUGCCAGAGGAGUGACAAUCCAGCCUCUGAAGAGGGACUACGGAGUCCAGCUGGUCGAUGAGGGUAGUGACAUUUUUGCUGCAAAAAUCAACAUCGAGGUUCAGAGAGCUUCUGAAGGAGCCAUAGCUGCUAUUGAGAGGAAUGGAGGGAUCAUCACUACCAGUUUCUACGACCCUCUAAGUCUUGGGAUCCUCAUCAAGCCCGUCCCGUUCUUUAUGCGUGGGCAGCCUAUUCCAAAGCGAAUGCUACCAGGGGAGGACAUGGUCCCGUAUUACACAGAUGCUGAAAACCGGGGUUAUUUGGCAGACCCGGAGAAAGUCCAGCAGGCCCGGUUAGCCCUGGCGCAGAAGUAUGGAUAUAUUUUGCCAGACAUUUCAAAAGAUGAACUGUAUCGCAUGCUCUGCAUGAGGAAGGAUGUUCGGCAGAUCUUCUUUGGACUUGCUCCAGGCUGGGUCGUUAAUAUGCCAGAGAAGAAGAUUCUGAAACCCACUGAUGAGAAACUUCUUAAAUAUUACAAUUCUUAAAAAAAAUGUACAUUAUCUCAUGGCAAAAAUCAGAGAAAUGCUGAGUUUUGCAUGUUAAAAAAACCAGUGAAAACGUCUUGAACAUAUUUUCAUUUUAUAUAAAAAUGUGUAAAAACAUCUUUCUGUGUUAAAGAAUGAAGUGUUGUCAUUAAACUUCUUGAAAAAAACUACA